UCCAAAGAAAGAUAAAGGAAGAAUCCAUAAAUAAGAUGAACAUUUAUUAAUUUCUUCUUUUAUUUGAAUUUUAAUUUUUUGUUUCGAAUAAAUACAUUCUAAUAAGUUCCACCAUCGUCAAAUCAACGUGCACUCGUUCUUACGGUGGGAUAUUUUAUUUGUGCAUCGAUAGCACGGAGUCCAUAUACUUAAGUUUUGACGAAGCAAUUAAUGUAAAUAUUUGCAUCACAAACGCUCGUCGAAUAGUGGAAAAACUCGCCAUGCUCUUAAGUAAUACACAAAUCUGGGAACUAGCAACAUCUAACUCAUGGAUCUAUGUCGUUGUGUUGAUCUUCCUUUACGUUAUAUAUAUUCUGAGAAACUACAUUCGACUCGUUAAAAUCACACUUUGUCUCGAUGGACCACCGGCAUUGCCGCUAAUUGGUAAUAUCCAUUAUUACUUUAAACCCAAUGCUCUGAAUGAAAUGAAAAAAUAUUCUACGUAUAAUAUAAUCAGACUUUGGAUUACUUUUAUACCAUAUCUAGUGAUCAUUCAACCUGAAGACAUUCAAAUUAUACUCAGUAGCUCGAAACACACACGUAAACCUUUUAUUUAUUCUCUAUUUGGGAAUUUUCUUGGAAAAGGUUUAAUAAUAAACGACGGUGAAGUCUCUAAAAUGCAUCGGAAUAUCAUUCAAAAGGCUUUCAACGUUCAUGGACUCGAAAAGUACACUGAAACCUUUGUCGAGCACGCCGAAUAUUUGACAUCAAUAAUACGCGAUAUUGUUAAUCAAGAUAUGAAUAUCACUAAAUUGAUCAAUGACGUCAUCUAUAAUAUACAGGCCGAAACUGUCCUAGGAUUAAAAUUGAUUAAAGAGAACAAAAAGAAUAAUGAAACGCACAAACUGCCAUUCAAAGUGAACGAAAUGUUCGCAUCUUAUCGUUUCAAGAGACCGUGGCUAUUAUUCGAGUCAUUAUAUAAAUUGACUGAGAAGUCGCAAAUUGAUAAGCAACAAUUAGAUAAUAAUAUUGCCUAUUGUUACGAUAUUAUUAAAAAGAUAGAAAAAUCUAAGCGUCUAAAUUCUUACGAUAUGACAAAUGAUGAAACGCAAACGGAAAACGGAAGGAUAUCUCUGUUGGAGUUCAUGGUCAACAUGAAACAAAAGUAUUCAUAUUUCAAUGACGAAGCCAUCUUAAACGAAUGUAGUACAUUUAUGCUGGCUGGUUUGGAAUCCGUCAGCACGGCAACGGCAUGCAUGCUCUUUCUAUUGGCAAAUCAUCCCGAAUGCCAGAAAAAAUGUGUUAACGAAUUGAAUGAAAUUUACAACAAUAACGCUACUUUAAUGUCGUUUAAGUCUUUGAAAGAGAUGAAAUAUUUGGAGAUGUGUAUAAAAGAGACGCUCAGACUUUAUCCCGUCGUACCGGUAAUAGCCAGAUGCCUCACUGAAGAUAUAAAAAUAGGCGGCCGAAUAAUACCAAGCGGUACUUCCGUUUUGAUCUCACCUUAUCUUACGCACCGAAUACCACGAUAUUAUUUAGAUCCAGAAUCCUUUAAACCAGAACGUUUUGAUCCACAAAACUCUAACGAAAAAUUGCAUCCAUAUGCUUAUAUUCCUUUUAGUGCCGGUCCUAAGAAUUGUAUCGGAUACAAAUUUGCGAUAUUAGAAAUGAAAGUGCUCGUUAGUUCAAUUCUUCGAAAUUUUGUAUUGGAACCCAUUGCGAACAAAAAUAAAAUAUUUGUCAAAUAUAGAAUGACUUUACGAGCGCAAGGUGGUCUGUGGAUCAAAUUCAGAUUACGAAAGACAAUGUAAUAUAAAAAAAUGUUUAUGAAGGAAAACAUAAUGACAAUGAAAUAAAUAAUCCUGUAAAAGGAUCCUAUAUUUGGACAAAUAGAUUAAAGCAAAAAACGAUUAGAAUUAUAUGAAUGGUAACAAUAAUACAGAUAAAAAUAGAAAGUAUAUAGAUGAAAAUAAAUAAAUGGAGCACUUAUUGCGCACAAUUGUAGAAAACUUUUUAUUCUCUCGAUAUAGCGGAAAGUGUUUAUAAAUAUUCUAUGAUAACGUUGAUAACGUUAUAUCAAUAAUCUUUUAUAAUAUGUACUUUAAUCUUUUCUAAAUAAAUUUCUAAGAGGUAGAUCGUCGCAGUUUGUAUGAAUUAAUACGCAUAAAAAAUGCUAGAUGGCAAUAUGAGUACAUUCAGGAUCGUAUAUAUAUAUAAGGGUUUAUAAAGGGCACCAUAAAUAUUAUUUUUAAUACGUCACUUUGACCAUUUUUGUUAAACGAAUUAAAUUGUGAUAAUUAAAAUACACAAUAUUACCAGAUCACGCAAGAAAAUUAUAAUAAUUUAAGAAUAGAAACGGUGAAUUUAUAUUCUAUGAAAAUUUAUUAAUGUGAUCGUAUAAACAUGGUUUAUAUAUCGAGUGAUGGCAAAAUUCAUAACUCAGUACCAUGGGGCUUAAAAAAAGUUGCGAAUUUCUUUUCAUCGAUAAUAUACUUAGUAAUAAUGUUCUUCAAGACAUUAUUUGGUAUGGAUAUAGAUAAAAAUGAUGGUAAAAAUUCAAAAGAUUAUAGACCUGGCUUUGGUCCACCUAAACCUCCAAGUCGUAAACUGGGUAGACCCAGCAAUAUCAAUCAUAACGUCAACAUUCCCUUUGGAGGUUGCAGCAGUUGUCAGGGUUGAAUUUAAUGUGAGUAAAUAAGAUAAUGGAUAAUCUAUUUCCAUCAAAGAAUUUUUAUCGAAUCAAUAUGUUUAUUUAAAUAUUAAAGCUCAGAAAUAUAAUGAAUAAUUUGUAACAUA